AUGGCCGUGCAUUCUGAGCCACCCACCGCUGCAUUUACCGGACCUGACCCUCGUAACGGCAGCACUGCGGAUCAGCGAAAUGGGGACUCCCACAACAAGACUGGCCAGAGCCCUUCUCCCCCAAUAGCCAUCAUCGGAAUUAGUUGCAGGUUUGGCGGAGAUGCCACCAGCCCGUCCAAACUAUGGGAUCUCUGUGCAUCUGCCAAAGAUGCGUGGUCGCCAAUUCCUAGCGAGAGGUUUGAUGGCAAAGCCCUGUAUAAUGGAGACAAGGAGAGGAUAGGCCGAAAUCAUGCCAAGGGCGGGUAUUUCAUGCAGCAGGACGUGGCUGUCUUUGAUGCCGCGUUCUUCAACUUUUCAGCAGAUGUUGCCAGUGAUAUCCGGUCCGGAGAGUCUGAAAUGUCGGUGGUUGGGGCUACAAAUACGAUCCUGAAUCCUGAUUUGUUCAUCAUCAUGUCCACCCUCGGUCUCAUCGGCACCGAUGGUAAAUGUUAUGCAUGGGAUACAAGAGCCGAAGGCUACGGCCGCGGCGAAGGCGUUGCAGCUCUGCUUCUAAAGCCUCUCGAUGCCGCGCUGCGAGACGGCGACAACGUCCACGCAGUCAUCCGAGAGACCGGUAGUAACCAGGACGGCAAGACAACAACCAUCACAUCGCCAUCUCUAGAGUCACAGGUGAAUCUCAUCGAAGACUGCUACAGACGUGCAGGACUGGAUAUCUCGGAAACCGGUUACGUGGAAGCCCAUAUGACCGGCACCCUGACGGGAGACGCCGUGGAAGCGGAAGCGCUAGCGAGGACUUUCGGCAAGAGUCGAGAGGCCGGCGAUCCCGUCCUCGUCGGGUCUGUGAAGACCAACAUUGGCCACACUGAGCCCGUGAGUGGUCUGGCGGCGGUGAUCAAGGCCAUCUAUACACUGAAGACGGGACUGGUGGCGCCGAAUCUGAAUUACAAAGAGACCAAUCCGAACAUUCCGCUGAGCGAUUGGAACCUGGAGUCCCGCGUGUACGUCCUUAGUGCAAAGGACUCAGCUGCAACGCGAGACAUAGCAAACGAGACAGCGGCCUACAUUCGAAGAACUGCCGGGAGUGACUUGUCUCCGUCGCCUGCUGACCUGGCGUAUACCCUAACGGAACGGAAGACACUGUUUCCCUGGAUGGCCGCAGUCAGAGCCAGCAGCCUGGCCGAGUUGGCCGAUCAGCUGGAAAGCAAGGCCCUGGAGGUCAACCAUGCAGCAAAGCGCCCGAGACUCGGGUUCGUUUUCAACGGCCAAGGUGCUCAGUGGCACGCAAUGGGCCGGGAGCUUAUCAACGCAUACCCGGUGUUUGGCUCCGCUAUUCGGCAAGCUGAUGAGAUCCUGCGGGACUUCGGCGCGAACUGGUCACUGCAAGAGGAGUUAGGACGUGAUCCAAAGUCCACCCGCGUCAGUGAAGUAAACAUCAGCCAACCUAUUAGCGUCGCACUACAACUGUGUCUGGUAGACCUGUUGGAAUCAUGGAACGUCAAACCUUCGGCUGUGACAAGCCACUCCAGCGGUGAAAUCGCUGCUGCAUACGCGGUGGGGCUCUUGACAUUCAAAGAGGCACUGGGAGUUGUCUACUACCGGGGAGAACUCGCACUCAAAUACCAGAAGCUGUCUCGCGUCCAGGGCGGGAUGCUUGCAGCUGGUAUCGGCCCUGAAGAUGCUGAGAAGUACAUAGCUGACACGAAGGCCGGCCGCGUUGUAGUUGCAUGUGUCAACAGCCCAAGCAGUGUCACCCUAUCCGGCGAUUUAGCUGGCAUCGAUGAGGUAUUGGCAUUGCUGGAGGAAGACGGGAUAUUUGCCAGGAAGCUGAAGGUUCCCCUGGCAUAUCAUUCUCACCACAUGGCUGCUAUGGCUCAAGAUUAUACCGAGUCGCUGCGGAAGACUCUCUGCAGUCCUGGAUCUGGUUGGAACGGGGUCACCUUCACAUCACCUGUGACAGGGGACAUUCUUACGGAUGCAGAGUCCCUUAGCCCCGAGCACUGGGUUCGAAACCUGACGAGCCGGGUACUCUUCAGCCAGGCCUUUGAAAAGAUGGUCUCCGGCACAACCCCCGGCGCAGGCUCCCACAUCGACAUGAUCGUGGAAGUCGGGGCUCACAGCACUCUGUCGGGGCCUAUCAGGCAGAUUCUUGGAGAGAGAAAACUGCCUUACGUCUCCUGUCUGAAAAGACCGUCCAAUGCCGUCCAUACCAUGCAAGAUUUGGCCAGCAAGCUUAUCAGUCAUGGAUACCCGGUGCUAUCGAAUGCCGUCAACUUCCCCUAUUGCAACGCGAAGCCUACUUUCGUCGACGACCUCCCGACGUACCGCUGGAACCACGCCACUCGGUACUGGUGGGAGCCAAGACUCAACAAAGAAAUCAGAUAUAAGCCCUUUCAACCCCACGAGCUUUUGGGUACGUCACUCGCAGGGGCGAACGGCCUGACCAGCACAUGGCGCAACAUCCUGCGCCUUUCUGACAUCCCCUGGUUGGUUGAUCACCAGCUCGAGUCCAACGUCGUCUUGCCCGGCGCCUCGUACGUCGCAAUGGCUAUAGAGGCAGCCCGCCUCGUGACAGACGCAUCGGAGGAGAGCAUCACCGGCUACCGCCUCAAGGAUGUCGACAUAAGGAACGCCCUCAUAGUUCCCGAAUCGUCCACAGGUGUCGAGAUGCAGUUCAGCUUGAGGCCUUGCCGAAAUGGAGAUGAGGAGUACAAGGGCUAUUUCGAGUUCGAAGUAUCCUCGCUGGGUGUGCGCGAUGAGUGGGUCCUGAACUGCACAGGCUAUGUGCUCGCUGAGGCGACUUCCACGACUGGCGGGAGCUCUGCGCGGAAGGAAAGUUCUCCACAAGUCCCACGAGAUGAUGAUUUCUUCGUCAAGGACACAGAUGUCAGGCACAUCGAAGUGGAGGCUGUCUUCAGCGGCCUCCGUGACAUGGGCUUCUACCAUGGUCCUAUGUUCCAAAAUCUGGUCGAUAGCCGUACGGCAUCGGGAAGGGCAAUAACGAACCUGUCUAUCGCCGAGGUCGCCACAGCUUCUGAUGGUUACGUGCUCCACCCUACGACUCUGGACUCCAUCAUUCAAGCUACGUACAGUGGCCUUCCGGAAGGGACGCGGGAGAAGAGCAUGGUCAUUCCACGAUCCAUACAGGAACUCUACGUCCCCAAGGGGGUCAACAGGCGCAGUGGCGAAAAGCUGCGGGCUUUUACUGAGCUUUUGGGAUCCAGUCGGCGAGGCUUCACGUCUUCAGCUACUGUGGUCAGCCCCGAAAACCCCAAAUCAGAUGCUGCACUGAGAAUCGAUGGGUUCUUCGGCCAGGCGGUCCCGAAAAGCACUCUGCCAGAAACGGAGCCGCAAACAGCACAGAUCUGUUCCACUAGCACAUGGAAGGCGGAGAUCCUCCACGGAAUACCGGACUCCGUGCGAGAGCCAAUGGAGAUCACGCUGAGAGACAGCGAGCGGGACUUCGAGAAGAAGCUUAUCCGCGCCUCUUACAUCUUCAUUCACGACGCAGUUGCACAGCUGGAAGGGAAGAGUCCCGAGACCUGGGAAUGGCACCACAAGAUCUUCUACGCUUGGAUGAGGAAGAUAGUCGACCUUGGCAACCGUGGGGAGUUAGGCCCCAACAGCAAGAGAUGGGCCAAGACUACCAAGGGCAUGAAGCAGAAGCUCGUAGACGAGCUCUGCGCUGGUGAUGCAUCGGGCCAGUUGGUCGCUCGGGUGGGCCAGAGCCUUGCAAGCAUCGUCAGCGGGGAGAUCACGCCCCUGGAGCUGAUGAUGGAGGGGAAUCUCCUGAACCAGUACUACAUGGACCUUCCUCGUCUGAAGAACCGAACAUACAAACAUCUAGCUACGGUUUCAGAGCUUUACGCUGCCAAUAUUCCCGGUGCCAAAAUCCUGGAGAUCGGGGCUGGUACCGGAGGAGCAACGAAGAUCGUCCUCGAAGCGUUCAGUGCUGGUGGCAACGGGUCAUCUCUUGGCCACUACACCUUCACCGAUGUGUCAAGUGGGUUCUUUGAGGCAGGCAAGAAGAAACUACACCAGUGGAACAGCCUGAUGGAUUUCAAGAAGCUCGACAUCGAAGCCGACCCGCUCACGCAGACUUUCGAAGCUGGCCAAUACGACAUCAUUGUGGCAUCAAUGGUCCUCCAUGCCACGAAGAGCUUGAAGAGAACAAUGUCAAACGUCCGGAAACUCCUGAGACCAGGCGGAAAACUUGUCCUCGUCGAGGCUACCCAGGACAGCCUCGACAGCCAGCUCAUAUUUGGGACUGUCCCGGGUUGGUGGCUAAGCGAGGAACCGGAUCGAAAUAUGAGUCCCAAUGCCCCUCUAGGAACAUGGGUCAGUGUUCUCAAGGACACGGGCUAUAGUGGUGUCGACUUCGAGAUAGGAGACUGUGAUGACCCCAGCCUCCAGUCAACUAGUAUCAUCAUUUCCACGGCAACCCAGGACACGUCUUACCCGUCGCAGAUCUCCAUUGUGGACGCGGGGUCAGCUCCAGGGCCAUGGUUGGAAGAGCUGAGGCAGAAGAUUCACGCACAGACUGGUGUUUUGCCAAUCAUCGAGAACUUGGCUCAAGCAGUAGUCUCUGAUGACAAGGUUUACGUGCUGACACUCGACUGGGGCAAGCCCUUCUUGGCUGAGAUUGACGAGUCCCCGUUCACCAAGCUCCGAGACAUCCUUGCUGGCAGCCGGGGCGUCCUGUGGCUAAGUAUGAGUGACACCUCAGAUGUCUCUGAGCCACAGUACGAAUUAUCGACAGGCCUGCUGCGGACUCUAAGGCAAGAAGACUCGACGAAGCGAUACAUUCGGCUGGGCUUUGAUGAAGCUACCGAAGCUUGGGCUGGCAGCCAGAUUGAACAUAUCGUGCGGAUUUUCCAGUCGGGCUUCGACUACAACACAGACAUAUCCAACAUUGAUUUCGAGUAUCUUGUGAGGGAUGGGGUUCUUCACGUACCGAGGGUCUACCCAAAUCCAGAACAGGACGCCUCGAUCCAAGACAGUGAGGCCGGCCCCACACCAGCACUACAGCCCUUCCGACCGCAGGAACAAGACCUUGUCUGGGACCCGGAGCUCCCGGGUGGAACUACCUUCACCGAAAGAUUGGCCACCGAGGACCUUGCCGAAGGAAGCUUAGAAGUCGAAUCAAAAGCCCUGGGCAUCAGUCACCGCGAUGUGUUGGCAGCCUCAGACCAAGGCCACGACGGACACGACUUCGCCGGAGUCAUUUCCAGGCUCACACCAGGUGAUCAGAGUGGCCUUAAAGUCGGUGAUAGAGUCUGCGGUAUAGCGAAGGGCCGCUUUUCAACCAGAGGUCGCGCACCAGUGACCACCGUUGUCAAGAUCCCUGACGCUAUGUCCUGGGAAGAAGCAGCGGCUUUUCCCACAGCAUUUACCACGGCGUACCAGGCACUGUUUGGGAUCGCCAGGCUCCAGGGCGGCGAGAAGGUCCUCGUGACCGACGCAGCGGCUAGCAGUAUUGGUCGGGCGGCGGUCACACUCGCAAAGAUUGCCGGGGCAGAGGUGUUUGCGACAUACGGAGCCGAAGCCGAGCAAGACCUGUUGGUUAACAACCACGGGGUCGAUAAAAGCCGCCUGUUUGGGCAUUUUGACGCGGACUUCCUGGCCGCUGCUAUGGCACAGACACAGGGAGCCGGCUUUUCCGUGUUUCUCGGGCACAAAGACGAAUUUGUGCACGAGGCGCUUGUGGGGAGCAUGCGAAAGUUCCAGAGCUCCGACUUGCCUCACCCUUGGAACAUUGAAAGCUUUUCUUUACCGAACAUUGGCAAGGCAUUGAAGCAGAGUGGAGAGGAGCCUCACAGGCAGAUUGUCUUGAAUGUGCAGGAAGGAGGCGAGGUCAAUGUAAUCCCCCGGCCAUUCAGUCUGGAUGACCCAGACUCGUCUUACCUGAUCGUGGGCGGGCUGGGUGGUAUUGGCCGAACUGUGGCCACAUGGCUAUUUGAGAAAGGCGCAAAGAACAUCAUCGUCACGUCGCGGAAGGCGGAGUCGCACCCGUCCGCCCCUGAACUCUCAAGGCUGGCGGCGGCUGCCGGCUGCCGGGUCCUCCUCCGGAACUGCGACACGACGCAGGAGGCUGAGCUUGUCGCCCUUAUCAACGAGGCUUCAAAGGACCUGCCACCCAUCCGUGGGGUGAUCAACGCGGCCAUGGUUCUCGAUGAUACCGUUGUGGAACGCAUGACCUUCACACAAUGGCGCCGUGCCGUCUCGGCCAAGGUUUCCACGACCUUGAAUCUCCACAACAACCUUCCCGGCCUGUCCUUCUUCAUUGUACUCUCCUCGGUGACAGGCGUAAUUGGUUCCGUCUCUCAAGCCAACUACGCAGUGGGAAACACCUUCCAGGAUGCCUUUGCCCGCUACAGGACCAAGCAUGGACAACCCGCUGUAGCACUUGACCUCAGCGCCGUCGCCUCCGCCGGCUUUGUGGCCGAGGCGGGCGAGGCCGCCCGCUCGCACAUCGAGAAGCUCGGGUCUGUCUCCGUGGAGAUAGACGCCGUGCUCAGGCUCGUCGAGGCUGCAAUCCGGAACCCCCUGCGCAAAUCGGCCGACGAGAGUCAGGUCAUCGUGGGUCUGGCUCCGUGGGAGGGCCUCGACGACGGUGCGGCUACCAGAAGGGACCGGCGAUUCGGUACCCUGCGGCUGGGCGUGUUGCGGGAUACCUCUGGUGGAGAGGGCGAUGGCGCGGCCAACUCAGGGGCCGGGAGCAAGUCGAGCGCAGCCGCCAUCCAGAAGAGCCUAGGGGACAUCGGAUCCCUAACGAGGGGCAAAGCAGAGUCGGUCAUAGCGGAUGCCACAGCGGACAAGCUGGCAGGCAUUUUCAACGUUCCAGAGUCGAAUAUCGACCAUUCUCUGCCACUAUCGCAGUACGGAGUCGACUCGCUGGUGGCCGUGGACUUGCGGAACUGGCUGAGUGCUGCGGUCAAGGCCAAGGUUUCCAUCUUUGAGAUUCUCCACAAUGCGUCGCUGACAGAAUUCGCUGGUCUGGUCGUGACCAAAAGCGAGAUGUUGAAAGGGGUCGUGGAGGAAGUGACAGGCAAAUAA